AUGCUUACCUCGCUGGCUUCUUUGGUCUUCUUUAUCUCAGAGUUGUACAAAGUUUGGGAACAUCAGGAUUUGGUGAAAUCAAUCAUCCGUAUUCCUGGUACCCUGUAUGCCCUCUUUGCCUCAUUCUUCUCUUUCUCCUUUAAUUCUUUUUCUUCUCUCUAUUCCUCUCCAUCUUCUUCGUCAUUGCCCCUCCUUAUAUCAAAUAAUUCCUCUGUCAGCACUUCCACUGCCGCUACACCUGCAACCACAAUCACUAACUCUACUCCCACCACGGCCACAAUCUCGGCUUCCAACGAUGGCUCCUCCGUUGACCAGACAGGCCAUAUAUUCUCUAGGCUUCUAUAUUUACCUCCCACUCGUCUUUUAGUUCGCUUAUUCAGAUGGAAUCAGCACAAACGCUGGAUUAAUAAAGUUGAGACAGCAGUCUGA